CACGCACGACACGACGCUUGCACUUACAGCUGCAGCUAGCUUUGCCCAGUUUUGCUUAGCUUUUCUCUGCUUCCUUCGAUCCCAUCCAUGUCCAGGUUGAUGGCCGCCAUGCUGCUCGGUGGCGCCCGCGUCGCCGGUAACACCACCACCGCCGUGAUGGCGCUUCAUCAUCCGAGGCCGUCGUACUUCCUCCCUCCCCGGCCGCGGCUGGCGGCGGCGAGCUGGAGCCGCCUCCGCCUGCAGACCGCGCCGAGAUCAUCCCAGGCGUACGACAACUCGCCGGCGGACGACCGAAGGGACGUCGGGGACAGGUACAGGGACGCCGCGGAGGAGGCGAAGGAGGCCACCGGCGACGCCAAGGAGCGGGUGAAAGGGAUGGCCGGGGAGGCCAAGGGCAGGGCGGCGGACAUUGCCGGCAGGGCCAAGGACGAGACCAAGGACACGGCGUCGCGCGCGGCCGACGCGGCGUCGCGGGCGACGGACCGGGCGAAGCACGAGGCCGCCGACAAGGCGGCGGACGUGAAGGACCGCGCCAAGGACGCGGCGGACAUGGCGCAGGGCACGGCGAGGGCGGUGAGGGACAAGACGGCGGAGACGGCGGAGGGCGCCAUGGACAGGGCCGGCGAGGCCAAGGACAGGACAGUGGAAGGGACGAAGCACGCCGGCGAGAAGGUGGCGGAGAUGACCAAGGAAGGGGCGAGCAAGGUGGUGGAGACGGCGCAGGCCAUCGGCGAGAAGGCGAAGCAGGCGGCGCAGGGCGCGUGGGGCGCCACCAAGGAGGCGGCGCAGGGCGUCAAGGACACGGUCGCCGGCGGCGACGUCGACGCCGACGCCGCGAUGAAGGAGCAGGACAGGAUCGCGCAGGAGGAGAAGAAGAGGCAGGCCAGGGAGAAGGGCGCUGGCUUGCCUUAGGCUAAAACUGCAUACUUGUUGCAUGCUUAUUUGUACUAAAAGCUUUUUUUUUUAGCUGAAUUUUAGUCGGUUCAGUUCUUUUGGUUGAAUAAUGUUGGCAAACUUGAGCCUCCUAAUGUCUGUAAGACUGUAACUGUAAUGGAAAGGAACUUAUUGAAGUUAUUAGCCAUGCAA